AUGAUUUCCCUCAAACAAGUGAAACUAAUUGACAUAACUGUGGUGAGAUCUAUGACUGAAGAUGAUUUGAAGCCGUAUUCACCAGCGCACGGAGACAGACUGGCUUUAAAAUCUUUUGCUUCUAAAAGCAGGAGAAUAAGCCUUAUUGAGAAACUAAGAACAACUUUCGAUUCCUUUGGAGAGAGUUCCCAGCCACGACCUCAUUCUAAACCUGCCAAAAAAGCCAAAGGAAACAAUUUAAAGGAAACAAGAAUGAUAGAAAUUGGAUGGAAAAUAUAUUGCCCGAAGAAAAAAGAAUUCAGGCCUGUUAGAAAGCCGACAGGUGGCACAAGAAGGAUAUCGGUACCAAAAAUAAUGAAAUAUAACGACAUUCUUGCAAAAGCUAUUGAUCUAUUUUUUCCUGAUGGUUCCUCGUCAUACGGACAUAUCAGAGAGUUCGAAUAUGAAUUGCAAGAUUAUAAAUCUUUGAAAAUAGUGGAAGAUAUUGACAUCAAUAAGAUGUAUGAGGUCUCGGGAACGAAUACAUUAAGGUUUUACCUAGCAACCACAAAACAUGAAAAAGAUACCGACUUUAUGCCUGCAGUUACGAAGCCUCCAGACACAUUUACGAUGUCUUUAAGAAACAGCUCGGAGCCGAAUAGUCUAAACCUUGAAAGACUUGUAGAAAACAUAUUUGGUGCUGAUGCUAAUGAAUCGCCAAUGGACAUGUUUUACCUGAACGAAAAUAAUAUUUACGACUUACCAGCGAAUACUUCGUAUGCGCCCGAGUAUGCACCAGGAAGUACAUCAAGAACUAAUACCAAUUCAGUAUCAAAUACUCUCGCGUCGUUAACGGAAAUUCGAAACAUGACCCACAACCCCUCUGAUCCUGCUUCUUUCGAAUCGCCUCCAGAAGAAAGAGAAGUACUAAUUGUUCAUAGGGGGCAUGUCUUUUCUGAAAUUUUAACCGCCAUGAAAGAAAGAAAUAUUCAAUUUAAACAUGUGCAAGUUGAAAUGAUACUUCCGAAUGGGACUUCGGAAAAAGCAGAAGAUGUCGGAGGCGUAUUGCGGGAUGCCAUCUCGGAAUUUUUCCUGACAUUUUACGAUGCGUGCACUAUGGGCACAGAAUUGAAGGUUCCUACUCUGCGACAUGAUUUUCAGUACAAAGAAUGGGAAGCUGUGGCCAAAAUAAUUGUAGAAAGCUACAUAUCCCAACAGUAUUUCCCAAUUAAAAUCGCACCAGUUUUUGUUAAAAGUUGCUUGGGCUUGGAACUGGACGAAAAGGAAGUAUUGGAAAACUUUUUGAUGUAUGUGUCCCCUUCCGAUGCAUUGCUUUUAAAAAAAGCUUUGAUAGAUUUCGACAGCGUAGAUAUAGAUGACAUACUGGAAUUCUGUUCAAACUAUGAUGGCAAGUGGGUACCGACUAAAGAUAGUUUUGAAAAACUUUUAGGCCAAAUUGCCUUUGAAGAAUUGGUCCAAAAACCGAACUAUGUGCAGGCUUGUUGGCAGAAUGCUUUCCAGAAGAAUUUGGGAGACCUGAAUUUAGACGAAAUAUAUUCCAAAUAUGCCCCAACCGAUAAAAAUAUUUUAUGUAUGCUGGACGUUCCAGAAAAUUUAGAUGAUGAGCAAAGGAAAGUCGUGGCUUUUCUUAAAAAAUUCAUAAAAGAAAGCGACGAGAAAACAAGAUCAUCGUUCCUUCGAUUCUGCACGGGGUCCAAUUUGGCUAAUGCUAAAAUAUUGAUACAUUUUAAUGACAAUACCGGUUUGAGUAGAGCCCCAGUGGCUCAUACUUGUAAUAAUUUGUUAGAACUUCCGACCACCUACGAGAAUUUUAUGAUUUUCAGGUCAGAAUUAAAUAAUAUUUUAAAUGCAGGCGUUUGGGUUAUGGAUAUAAUCUAA